CCCACUGGCAAGCGCGGGCGAUCGAUUUGGUCGGCCACAGAAACCACGAACCAUCUCGCUGUCCAUUGCUCCUAGCAUUCACUCCAUGAGGGCACACAUACGACAUCUGUCCUAUCCCUGUUGUAAGUCAGUCGUAUUGUUCUAUCCUCUAUUUCCACAGAGAGUUCCUUUCACCACUGUGACACCAUGGAUCGACCGCCUUCGAGGUCGCGAGCUCCCAUGAGCAUGGAGGCCUUGCUUGAUGAAGAAAACAGAGAAGUUCUAGCUGCCCUUGAUCGAAAACGACCCUCCAGUCCCAUUCCCAGGUUCAAACCUCCUAGGACCGCCACUCCGCCGCCCGUCCGCAGCAUGCUUGACGUCGACUCUCCGACUCCGCGACAUGGCUCCAUAGCGGGCAUCGGUGUUGGAGUCACGAGUCCCAAUUCAUCUAGAAAGCCGGCCAAAGAACUCGAUCCCUCAGACCCCAGUAGCUGGACCUCUCCUCAUUCCAGCAAACCGAGCUCCCCCGUCCUCACCAAGACCUCUCCAGUGACCACGAGACAGCGGAACUCGUCAGAGACCGAACGGCCGGUGGGGUUGCCAAAGAUACAGGCGGACGAGAAGCGAGGAUUCGAGCAAAAUUAUCAGUUUGAUAUCUCCUCAAUACCUUCAUCUUCAUCUGCAUCGCGCUCUUCCCCGGAUAACAAGAGACCACGUGAGGGUUCUGGCUCCGCCAUGGCCGCUGCUUUGUCCGGGGAUCUCGCUUCCCUCCAUGUAGGCGUCCCAGCAGGGGGCCAUGGAAGACAUAAUUCCACCGUGGGUGUCGGUGCUAGCUCAAGAUCUCCAUCCUCACGCAUUCGGAAGCCUGAACCCCCAAAAGCAGGAUUCCUCAGCCCCACCAGUCCAUCAGGUCCCUUAACGACGAGAUCCGGAACUGUUGUGGACGAUCAGGCGCAUCUUCGAUUGUCGUCAGGUAGCUUCUCGACUGCAACCGAAGAUUCAGAAGAAGGAUUUGAUCGUUUCACCAAGGACCGUGUUGCGGGUGAAGAGGAUGCUGUGGACGACAGUGACGAGGAUGUCUUGUCUCCCAGUAGUGAUGAAGACGAGACUAGGGGUCGGUCGGAAAGACGAAAACUGUCAGCCACCACGGCAGCCACCGAUGCAAAGUCCUCUGCCACGAAUGGUGCUUCAUCACCUGAGGGUGUCAAGAGAACCUCGCACUCUCAACAAUUCGUCAGGUCGCUACUUGAGCCAUCCAUUUCCAUUACCAGUCCCACAGGAGAAAAUGUGACAGAUCAGAAAGGUGACACGGGUACACCUAUUAGACGGUCGUCUGUGACAUCGGCUGAGGAAGAUGAUGAUGAGGAAGCCGCCAUCAGGAAGGCCAAAACUCUGGCGUUGAAUAUAUCACCACUUGACUCCACCGUGGCCGACCGGCAUGUGCGAAUCAUUCUGCGCGGGAACUGGGCGCAUUUCUACCAAGAGUCGGAGGUCGGCAAAAGGACGGCAAGACUCUAUCUCCUUUGCAGUGAUCAAAGCGUUGAAGCAAGCUAUGCCAUGGAAUGGGUUGUAGGCACCAUGAUGAGGGAUGGUGAUACUCUCCUUGCCAUCUACGCAAUUGAGGAUGAAAGUUCUGGGAAGACUACCGAAGCCGAAAGAGAGAUUCUGACAGCCGAAGGUAGCAAGGCUGGAAAAGACGCUUCCGCCGUCAUGCAGACUCUGACCCGCCAGACAACACAGGGAGGUGGCACCAGUUUCGGAUUAGGAAAGGAAUCACAGUAUAUCCCCGCCACUGAAGUCGAGAGCCUUACUGGCAGUGUCGACGCAAGAAAAGUCUCUAAGAAAGAAAUGGAGCGUUUAAAAGCUAUCGAGGGCUUGACACAGGAUUUUGUCAAGUUGGUCCGCAAGACGACACUGCAAGUGAGAUGCAUGGUCGAAGUCAUACACUGCAAGAGUCCAAAACAUUUGAUUCUUGGAGCGAUUGACGAGCUCGACCCAACUCUCUGCGUCGUGGGCACGCGUGGCCGCAGUUCUCUGAAAGGCGUCCUCCUUGGAUCCUUCUCCAACUAUCUUGUCACCAAAUCCUCAGUGCCAGUCAUGGUUGCGCGCAAGAAAAUGAGGAAGACCCACUCGAACACCCGCAUCAGUAGCUCUAAAGUACGUUUAACCAACAAUUUGAUGGCCAGCCAUCUUCCCCCCAAACGACGAGGCUUGCAACAAGCGAGAAUUGAUUAGCGGUCAAAAAAUGGUGCACGGCAGGGACAUCCAGAGCAGAAACCAGCCGAGUCACCAGCCAAAAAGAAACAGAAGAAGCGCAAGAUUGACUGGAAGGAGCGAGAAGCCAAGCUACAGGAGCAGCAGGGGAGGAUUGAUUAGCAAUCAGAAAAGGAGAACCAGAGAAUGCAAUGGGAGGCGAGUCAAGCCGAGUGGGAAAAAAGGAGGCAGAACAGUGGCGACGACAAGGGCAAGAGGACGGGAGCGGUCGAAGAUAUCGAAGCCGGCAGCGGGCAGCUCAUGGAAACAAAGCAAUUGGAACGCACGGAUUCUAAUGACUCAUUACUCCCUAAGUUGUCUGUCGAAGCCGUGCAAGAAGCGGCGACCACUUCGAGUCUAUUGCGGAAGAAAUUGUCCAUCGCACACCUUUUCAGUCCAAUGUUCAUGUCUCGACCUGACAGCUGAGACACAAUGGAAUGGCACGAGAGAUGUUAAUGGCGGCAUUCUCAGCAUACAGACUGUUAUCUAGUUAUGAACAGGGCGGAAGAGAUCCGUCAGCGGGACGUCUGGCCACCAGAGUUAACAUCGGACGAGGAUAUGUCGAGGAUCUAGAGACGCAGCGACAGCGGAGCACAAGCGUUAGCAUGACAGAAAGGAUCAACGGCGCACCCAGGGCCGACGGUCGAAGAUUGGAAAUGACGAUUGUGAAUGAAUGUUAUGAUAGUCGAUAGUGGUUGCUGGGCGAAAGGGAACAGUGUUCAAACGCUUCUGCUUCGACACAGACGCCCAGCUGGAGUAAUAUAGCACAAAGCAGCAUGAAAACAAAGCAAUGCAAGACAAUCAACGGCGAUGCACAACUUCAAC